GUAUCACAUUUACCUACGCCAUAAAGGUGGUAACAAUCAUGGCUUCCGCGGGAUAUGGACGAGUUAGUAGGGGUAGAGACCUUCGCGACGACGAAGAUGGACUUGUCGAUGAGUGGGGAGUAAGGUACGAAGGUCACCACAAGCCUGGGGGUGGUACUUUUACCAGAAAGAAACACUCUCGCAGGAAGUACCUGGUCAUAGCGGUUGCAGGUGCCAUAAUUCUACUGGUCAUUCUUGUGAUAAUCGCCGUAGCUGUUCAGAAGAAACACCAGGAACAGGUCGCAGCGGUGUGUAAACACCUCCCGCGCCCUGCCAACCUUCAGAAAUGGCAGAACAAGUCCGUUGAAGGUCUCCAGGUUUUUCCCUACUCUGAGGACAAAACAGAUCUCAUCUCCUUCUGCGUGCAUAAUGGACACCAUGUUGGCGGGUAUAGAGAGUACCUAAACAACUUGGAAAGCCACACUUAUGACUACCAUAUGAUGAACCAGCAAGGGGAUGACCAUGUCAGGUGCAAUGACACCUAUGCCCCACCAGACAAAGUGUGUGUGUUUGACCUGACUGAUGUGGGGCACUGCAACCAUUUCAACGACUUUGGCUACUCCUCUGCAAGACCCUGUGUGAUGCUGCAGCUCAACCUGCCAAGAAAUGCCACCGCUGUACCUUUUGCCAACAACACUGCUGAAAGUCAGAAGCUGGGACACCGCUACUCACCAAACCACAUCGGCGUCACCUGUGAUGGGGCUACUGAGGAAGACCGGAAGCACAUUGCCAAAGACACUCUCUUCAGUUCGCCAAUCCAGUACUUUCCUGCAAAUGGUUUCCCAGUGUAUUGGUACCGACCCCGCACCACGGACAAGUUCUUGGCUCCCAUAGUCAUGGUCCAGUUCAACACACUGCAUGAACAUGCCUACGUCAACAUCACAUGUACAGCGUGGGGCAAGAGUUUCAACAACGGCAAGCCAGAGACAAGCAACCUCUACACAUCAUCGUUUGUCAUCUAUCAUGCCUGAUGAGACGUGGAAAUACAUCCCUUGCCUUUCCAUCCUGCUUCAUCACUACAUCACUACUGUGUGAUGGUGUUUGUUGUUAUAGUUGUGUACAGAUCUAUAUACCAGGUAGUGUAUCAGGACACCACUCAGGGUCCCUCAGUCACAGGGCCAUAGUCACUUAGUGUUACACUGGGUAAUCAGACUUCUAAACAUUCCAGUUGGAUUGGCUUGUUACCUUUUACGUAUUUCCCUGUGGUUUCUAUGAUACUCAGAGGGGUGUAAUGUUUCCUGACUACACAUCAUUCCAUGAUACGGGGGGCAAUACAGUGAUAGGGACAACAUGUUGUAUCCUGUGCUGAUAACUCAUCAAUUGUGUUGGUAUAGGUAUGGGAUAGUUCCCAACUUGUCAGAUUGAAGGAGGAAUUAUGAAAAAAUAACACAUUUGUUGAACAUUUUGUGAAUUGAAAAACUGAACUAACACUUUUGAGAUUCUUGAUCCUAUCUGUCAGCCACAGUUAGUUCAUAUGUUGAAAUUAGUAAUCCUGGGGUAACACUUUUAUUGAUAUUGGCAUGACAGACCUUGGACUGAGCCAUGUCUCACCAACAAGGGGUUCCAUGCUGCCAGCAAAGCAGACGUAGAUGUUAUAGCUGUGGUGGCUUCUGCUUACUGUUGUGUUUUAUUAGCUGGCCUAGGUGACUUGUUUGGGUUUUUAAAUUUUUUUUUUUUUCCUUUCAUCCAUUUUAGCAGUCUGGGUGAUUACAGUCCUUGUUCAGGCCAUCAGACCUGUAAUUUCUCAUGUGAAGUGAAGCAGGUACAGAUGUGUGGUGUAUUUUUUCUAUGGAAGUCAAUGACCUUGCUAAUUCCUGUCUGUCUGUCUGUAAAGAUGGGUUGAUGAUCCCCUACAGUACUCCCACAUACACUGAAUAAUGUUGUGGGUUAUACAGCAUGAUGCAGCAUGGUCAUGUUUCUAUGGAAGUCGAUGACUUGACACAUACCUGUAAUCACCCUAAACUAGAACCUUUUAGUCUGGAAUAUUGUUUGGAUUAUAUGUUUUAUUUUAUUUACAUUUGAAACCAUUGAGUUAGAAACAACCUGUUUCAUUGUGGAUUUUAUUUGGAAUUGGGUGUGUGGUCGCUAUUCCUUGUGAUAAUGCAUUGUUCUGAAGUGUUGUGUUUUAGUGACCUUGAGAGCUAGAUUGGAACAUCUCUGGCCACAGGUGUUACUGCAGCAUGGGUUACAGUCAUGUAGGGAAAUAUUGGCUUUGUGGAGAUUGGUUUUCUCAUAUAUUGACAGCACAUCAGUAGAUAUUUAAGUUAGACAAUUUUUAUGUUCUAAUUUUAGGUAGAUAGUCAAGCUUUUGAUAAUUGAUUUAAUUUUAUUAUUCAUGCUUAUUCCCGGAAGUUAGUUACAUAUUACCAUAAUUGCCUGAAAGCUAGCAAUGUUCCAUUCUCAUUUGUAUACAGAGAUUAAGUCUCAAAACAUUUGGUGUGACUGCCAUAGUGGAUGUGACUGUUGACUAAUUGAUCACUCAAGAUUUGUUGACAGUCACACUGAUAUAUGUGUGUGUGUGUGUGUGUGUGUGUGUGUGUGUGUGUGUGACCUACAUAUGUCCAACUCAACACAGCGCAACAUUUGCUGAUGUAUCCUGGACACUUAAUGAAC